GUGCCCCAAGUGAACUCAUUCAUUCUUUCAAGUGGAAAGGUUCAGUUCAGGGCUUGUCCGAUACACGUGAUGACUAUCAAUCGCGUCAUCAAGAGGAUGGCAGUUUAUGACAUACUGCAGAAUAAAAACAUUUCACUCCCAGCCUUUGACCAAUCUUCCUAUCGCAUAACUCUCUCGCAAGCUAGCAUUCUCUAAGCACCCGCAAUGGAUUCCAGAUCACCGGGCCACCACCACCUCGAGAACCUACUUGAGGGAAUAGACAAGCCUCAAAUAUUGUGCACGGUGUCUUCUAGAACUUCAAGCCUGGGGCAAUGUAGAUUCAUAUAUCGAGACGGAUAUGAAACUGCGCUUUAAAGUUCAACGCGAAACCAACCUGCAAGCCGAGUAUGAGAAUCUCCACUACCAACUAGACAGAGUACCCGACUCAGCAGGCAUCAUUGUGAGCAAGAUGCUAAAUUACGAAAAGAAACUUGACGCGCUUCCCCAGGAGGUCUGGGACUUGGAAAGAAUUCAUAGCACUCUGACUCUCCACCUAGGCGGGACCAUGAAGCAUGCACUAUUUGCGCAGCUGCACAACAUAACCUGGCAUCUUUCUACGUGGCCUGUAAUGGAGUGCGCUGGUGUGGUAGGUUGUUGUGCGCGUGGCUGUUGCACGACGCCGAGAAGUGAGAGCCGUCCAAAUCAUGCCGGACAUUGUACAUUGGCUUGUCUGUAUUGUGAACAGGGGAGAGGGUUGGAACUUAUUAUCUCCUUGGAGGGGUGCGGUCCGAGCUGGCUCAGGUUCCAUCUCGGGGAGACAGAUUGGAAUAGCUAUGAAAAGGACAUUGAGAAAGUUGAUGGUGUCCUUUGAAUAGCGUUUCUUGUACCCGAAAGUCAUGGCUGUAUGCUGUUGUUUCACGUAAGUGUACACCACACUCUAUAUUAAUUGGGGUAGCGGGAUGUUGUACGUUAAAUCCUCCAUAUUUAUCUUCCCGCCCGGGCGGCCUCCUUCUUCAACCCGGGCUAGAGAUCUCCUAGAGCAGGUCUUGCUGAGAUCGAGAUCCGUCCUGUAUUUAAUAAGUUGUGCAGGCUCGUCCAAUCAUAGAGACUUAGGGUCGACUAAGAAUCAAAACAGAAGUAGUUUUCUGUCUCCUGUUUGCUUUUGUGGGUACAUUCAUAUUGAA